GGGUUAUCGGGUUUUGCGGGGUUUGGAUCAAAGGGGAAGAAACGAGGAGACCUCUCAUCUCCGGCCACCCAAGGCGGCGGCAAUGGCGGGUGGCGCAUGCCGGCGAGUGCUGCCGGACCUCGUGAAGACGCUUCGUAGAGAAGUCCCCAAGAUCUCUAAUCAAACCCUCCCCUCUCUCAGGCGCGCUUUUUCGCUCUAUGAUCAGAUCAACCUCAUCGACAGCGUCCCCGAAGAUCAGCUUCGUUUCCAAGGGUACACUGACACAGGAUUUACGGUAAAUGGUGUGAAGUAUGAGGGAAGCUUGCUAAUCAUAGACAACAAGCUCAUGUCUUGGUCUCCGAAAAGAUUUUCAGAGAUAACCGCUGAGAGUUUAUCCAUCUUCCAAAUUGUGAGACCUGUCCCAGAAAUUCUGAUUCUUGGUUGUGGAAGGCACAUUGAACCAGUGAGUCUUGAACUCCGAAGAUUUAUUAGAUCUACCGGCAUGAAAUUGGAAGCAAUUGAUUCGAGAAAUGCUGCUUCUACUUACAAUAUAUUGAAUGAGGAAGGAAGGGUAGUGGCAGCAGCUCUUCUCCCAUAUGGAGAAACUUUGCAAUGAAUUGAAUGAUAUCCGGGAACUUUAGCUUCAGUUUGGUUUGCUCUCCGCUCUUGAUUGAGAACAUCCUGGCAAGCAAGUAAAAAUUGUCCAUUCCACCUGUUCUUGUGCAGUUGAAGCAAAUAUUCCUGUUAUUGCAGUACCGCACGACACAUUGAAUGUCAUAUGUUAUAAGGAACACAUGGUUUCUUUACUUUUUUUAUAAUGUAUUUAAUAAACAGGCGGUUUUGAACAAAUGUUUUAAUGCCUUUUAACUGAUUAAAUAUGUAGUAUGUUUUGUUAUUUUUACUAUGGAGUUACAUAAACUCCAGAAAUCAUAUAUGUAGUCCUUUGUGUUCUGGAUGCAAAACAGUGAGCCUUAAGA